ACCCAACUAUUUAUCCCUAACUAGACUCACGCAAACAUCUUUCCAACAUCUUUCCAUCAUCCCUACACGCCACCACCAGUCAACACCACCGACUGACCACGAUCAAAACAAUUCCUGAUCCCUGAUACCUUUGUCUACGCGACUUGUCCCUACCAUCGUCAUGGCGUCCAAAGCCAAAUAUCAACCUGCGCCGCAACGCGACUCGUUCGAUGAGCCACCUCCCAGUUACAAUGCCGCAGGCCCCAGCCUCAAUCAAGGAAUUAACCAAGGAAUCAACCAAGGAGGAUAUGGCACCCCUCGAGAGGAAGACGACAAUGUUCCUGACGACUUCAAGUUUGGUGGUUCCGUCUACGAAGCGACACUCGACAUCCGCAUGGCCUUUGUCCGCAAGGUCUACAGCAUCCUGACCGUCCAAAUCUUCAUGACCAUGGCCCUCUCGUGCGUCUCCUUCUUCUCCUCCGGCUACCGAAACUGGAUCCAAUCCAACUCGUGGAUGAUGUGGGUGUCUCUGUUUGGCGCCAUCGGCUUCAUGCUUUUGACGUACUGGAAGCGCAAGAGUUAUCCUCAAAACAUGAUCUUCCUGAGCGGCUUCACCGCCCUGGAAGCGUACAGCAUCAGCGUCAUCACGUCGUUCUACGAGAGCCGCAUCGUCAUCCAGGCCCUCAUCAUGACCUUGGGCGUCUUCGUCUUCUUGACCAUGUUCGCAUGCCAGACCAAGUACGACUUCACGAGCUGGAUCCCAUACCUGUUUGGCGCCUUGUGGCUGAUGAUCAUCUUCGGCUUCAUGGCCGCCUUUUUCCCACGAAACUCCACGACCGAACUCAUUUACGGCGGUGUCGCAGCCCUCAUCUUCAGCGGCUACAUCCUCGUGGACACUCAGUUGGUCAUGAGACACUAUCACGUGGAUGAAUACAUUGCCGCGAGCAUCAGCUUGUACCUGGACAUUCUCAACUUGUUCCUCGCCAUCCUGCGCAUUUUGAACAGCCAGAACAACAACUAGGUCGGUCAUAAGAAUUUUGAAGAGUCUGGACUCGAAUGAUGUUCCGUUCAUACCGAGAUUCAACCCCCAUCAGCCUUUGGUGGGAUUUCGCACCCAAAUAUUAUUGAACACGGCAUUCUGCCUCGUUCCAGGCCGAUUUAACUACAGUCAUUGUCAAGUUGCAGUAUACUUUAAACUUGAGUGGAUAUAUCAGUACAAGUCGAAUGGUUUCAUUACGGCGGUAGUCCUAAUGCAAGUGCGAAAACGGUCAUGGGUGCUUGCUUGGAGAAAAGAAAACAAAAAUCCCCCCUGCCUCCGUCCGGUCUUUCAACCGGGUUCAGACGUACGAGCGCCGGCUUUUGACAAGUAUAUCAUUAUACGAACCAGUGCGAGAUAAGUUCUUCGUUAGAAAAGAUAGUCUUUAAGUGCUCGGGUGUAAUAUUACGAUGAAUUUCAUACGAUGCAAGAUCAUCUCUUCAGGAUUCCGUUUUCCAUGGCUUCCAUACACACAGUAUUGUGACCGGUCAGGUCCAACAUUGGUGGUCUUGGUUGUGGCCAUUAUGAUCUUGUUACGCGAUGUUCGCGAAUGACUACCUAGCAAGGACCAGAAGUUGAGGUCAGCCGACAGCCUGGGCCGAUUCGUUUCUGCCGUGGCAUAGAACCCUCAAAAUGUGGCCUGAUGCCGAGCCUGACGGUGCGAAUUCUCAUUGCACAUGGCAGCAGACCCGGGGUUGAUGCUCGGGGUAUGUUUUUCUCCUGGCACUAAAAUUCGGCGGCAUUGCGAGACAAACCGGAUUGUCGCCCGAAGCUCUUUGCAUCUUUGACCCAUCUGAUCGCCAAAGUCCUUUCUGUGCUCCUGGGAUUAUUCCUCCGCGUCCUUUACGGUAUAUUGCUGUCCGAGGGAGGUGAAAGCUGGCCUAGCGGAGACGUGAGCCACCGUACGAGGAAGUCUCCGAGGUUCGUCGUACGCAUCCGACCCGUUCAUUCUCAGAGAUGAGGGUUCUGACCAGACCAGAAUCGUACGUUUGCAUCAAGAAUCGGCCCAAGCUAAUGGUAGAGGUCCGAAUACACCAUGGAGUCGAGACGUUGAGGAGGUCUGGGGGCACGGCGCACUAUCAUAUCCCACCACACUCUGGCCGUUAUUAUCUCGACGAACCCUCUGUCGGCGUUUUCCUUUUUUGUGCCGGUCGAGCCUAAACAUGACCACCAAGUACAACGAUGUACUUGUACGGUCAUGGUUGGAACCGAAGCCGGAAUCGUCAUGUUGAAGAUGCUGAGAGAAACCGAAGCGUUGGGAUGUUGAGGUGGUGUAGUCCUGUAACAAGCCCGCCAUACAUGUCGGUUGUUGAGUCGUCCAAUGAAUCUAAAUCAGCGAGACGUAUACCUCCUCGACUUCAAUUCAAUCCAGCGCCGCAAAGAGCGAGAGGUAUAUGCCCCAAAACAGACCGACGAUGCUUGCGACAAUGACCCUACGAUGAACGGGGACAAAGACAAAGUUGAAAAGGGCUACCAUGGGCCAUAAUUUCCACCCAUUGAUCAUCAGAGGUAUCGUGUCCUAUCCGACCUUUUCAUCAGCAUGUAUCCUUACACCUGUCGCAUAGUCGCACCUGCGAGGGUGGUGGGAGGAGCGCAGGACGGUAUAGAAGGUGAGGAGUGGUUUACCCUUUCAACCUGCUUUUGUACAGCUUUUGCAGUCUUUCCCUUGAACGCCGCCAUGGCUGCUAUAAAUGCUAUCGUGUUGACGAAAGCACCCAAAGUCUGAUCGAACAAAAGUUUGCGUGCGGUAUUGGACCUAUCGAGGAUGAUCUUGUCGGAAGAAGAGGGAGAGGCGCCGCCGUCGCCGAUGUUGGUCGAGGUGUAACCCGGGAAUCGAUCCUCGAGGAAAUCCUGCCAUAAUAUAUUUGGCGGACAAGAUAUGAGGGUGAAGACGACAAAGUGGAAAAGUGGACGGAAGGAAAUGGUGAAGGAAAGCUGCGGGCGACACGAGAGCUGUCAGUGAUAAGUCAAAAAACCCCCCAAAAAGAAAAGCAGUCCUUUUGUGAUAUUCGGUAGUUGACCUUCUCGACACCAACCAAUGGCCUCAGUGAAGGGGGGGAGUAAAUAGGUAAAAAUGCAUACAUUCUCUCGAUAAGCUUUCAGUAAUUGUGCCAGUAUAUUCGAAGCAGCAGACAGUGCAGUCGCUUGUAGAGUCGUCACCACGAGUUGAGUGGUAGGCAUGGUUUGGCCGCUUUGUCGGUACAGUUUUUCCUCUCUCCCAAGGCCAGCCUACGUUCUCGAGAGAGAGAAAAAGACUCGUAUAGCACGGAGUAGGAUACGUGCGCGCACUCGAAGAAAAAGCAGAUGGGCUCGACGAAAGGGUUUCUUCAAAAGUCGAAUCCGGGGAAAUGUACGGUGUAAAGGGGGAUUUUUUUGGGACUCCGUACUCCGCAAACCAGGAUGAUUGGCGACUGGGGGGGUUUAUCGAAAGACAAGUUACAAAGUACGGCCACACAAAAGCAAACGAUACUUCUUUG